UGGGUGAUUAGGAAUGUUGCUAGGCAACGGAGAUAUAAACAAAACUUGACAGUGAAAUUGAAUGAAAUCGAGAGUUUAUUUCUCCCAGGGGAAUAAACAAAUAGAUAAAUUGUCAAAACGUCAAUAAUAAAUAUGACAGCCUGCUGUCAGAGUUAUUUACCAUUAAAGAGUUCAGUGUACAACCAGAGGGGUGAGAAUUAUUUUCAACAAUUGGGAGUUUACAAUCACAUGAGCACUCACCUGCGAAGAGUUAUCCAAGCAAAAUGUGUCGUCGAUUCGAAAAAUUCUCGUUACAUGAAAAAAAACGAGUCGUAUAAAUUCCUGAGAGGAGAAAAAUCUCUCCACAAAUGCCAAUCCUGCGAUAAUAUCUCAAGGUCAGCCCGAGGCUCGCAGUACUGCCUAAUUGACAUGUUAAAACCUUCUCCUGGGAUAAACAAAGGCUCUUCGAAGUCCCUGGUGUCGUUGAAGAGCCAGAAAUCCUCGAAGUCUUCGAAGUCCUCGAAGUCCUCGACCUUGAAGCCCUCAGUGCACGUAAUUGAGCCCGAAAAAUCGGAAAAUCCCGGGAAUUCCGACUACGAUUCGAGUUUCGAGGGCUCAAACGCCUCCGAGGAUCGAUCCUCAGUCCCCCAAUCCCCGAAAUUCCCAACCCCAUCACGAACUCGUAAAAAACAGCUGGUGGACCUGAAGUACCUGAAAUUCCUCCACGAGAUCACUCAGGAAAUAAUAAAAACUGGAGUCCACAGGGACGAAGAGAUCAAUAAUAUCUGCAAGAAACAUUUCACCAGGAACUUGUCAUCACUGGAUAAAAAAAAAAUGAAGAAAAAUCUCCAGGGGUUGAGGCAAUCCCUGGGGAUUCCUGAGGACGAGGAAAACGAGAGUGACGAAUCGAGUGAGAGCUAUUCCUCGAGGGGAAAAAAUAGUACAACCCCCAGGAGCGAAAAGUCUGACAGGGAAAAAAGAGAGAAUGACUCUGGGGCAUCGCAAGACGAGUCAGACUGGCAAUCUGAAAUAGAAUCAGUCAUCAGUGAUGAUUCAACUUAGUAAAUUUAUUUUAGAACUAUAUUUGUUAUAUUCUUUCUAUGUACAGAGGUCAUGUGUUCAGUGGUAAAACGAGAUAUAGUGUAUGUAAAAAAAUAAAAGCAUUUUUUAUAUCUAAAUGGUUAAUUACUAAUAAUUAAUUGCCAUUUCUGUCGAGACACUGGGAAAAAAUUUUCUCAUGCCGAAAUUCCACGGAUUUACGACUGGAUUUUAAUUGUGUUAUCACAAUUGACGUAAUUAUCAUAGAAUAAUUAUAUUCAUUCUUCCAGAAGAUAUAAUUUCACUGACGAAAUGGAAUUUAGAACAUUUUUUUCCCAGU